UACAGAAAAGUAAAAAAGAAAAACAGAAACAAAAACAAUUCAUGUCAAAGCACUCAACAUUAAAAAAAAAGAAAAAUUUUGAUUAAAAAAUCAUUAGUCCUUGGAAAGUGGAAGAUUUCCACAGAAGCAGACGUCUAGAGAUUGGAAUGAACCUUAUUACCUCACUCUCUUUCUAAUCUAAUUAAUUACAGUUUUCUUUUUUCUGAAAAAAAAUAUUCAAGCUUUAUAUCGUCCUCUUCAAUUCAGCCAUCACAAGUAUUCAUUUAUCAGUCAACUACAAGAAUCCCAGGGUGUCAACUAUUCUUUUGAAGGGGACCAAGGUGAGGAUGAUACUGAUGUAUGGGGAGUAAAGUGGGUGUGGAAGAUGAGAAGGAAGCCAACGGGAUGCCGAGCUUUGAAUUGCCUAUAUCAAAUGCACUUGGCAUAGAGGGAAGCACAAUCCAUUCAUAUCGAGUUUCUGAUUUUGGCGCUUUUGAUCAAUCAGUUGCAUUUCGGCUAGAGGAUGCUGUUGAUCUGAGCACAAAUACCGUGUUCAAUUCAGCUAAAGCAAAUAACCAAGCAGACACUUCUGACCCCCUCCAUAUUGGCUCUUUUGAUAAGUUAACUGCUUCCUUUAAUAUUAAUCCAUCUCCUGCCCAACUGGAAUCCCAGAGAUUGCCAUUAGAAAAGGGUCAACAGUUGAACAUCAUUGCUUUAUCUAGUGGUAAUACUGAGAAUUGGGAAGAGUCCAACAUGGCUGAUGGAAGUCCUAGGACUGAUUUGUCAACAGAUGGAGACACUGAUGAUAAAAAUCAGAGGUUUGAUAGAGGUCUAUCUACUGCUAUUGCAGCUUCUGAUUCCAGUGACAGAUCAAAGGAUAAAAUGGAUCAGAAGACUCUUCGUAGACUUGCCCAAAAUAGAGAAGCUGCAAGGAAAAGCCGUUUGAGGAAGAAAGCCUAUGUGCAGCAAUUGGAGAGUAGCCGCUUGAAGCUGACCCAGCUGGAACAAGAGCUUCAGCGAGCACGACAGCAGGGCAUCUUCAUAUCAAGCUCAGGAGAUCAAGCACAUUCCAUGAGUGGAAAUGGGGCCAUGGCAUUUGAUGUGGAAUAUGCCCGGUGGCUAGAAGAGCAAAAUCGACAAAUUAAUGAGCUGAGAUCAGCUGUCAAUUCUCAUGCGGGUGAUGCUGAACUUCGCAUUAUCAUUGAUGGUGUAAUGGCUCAUUAUGAUGAAAUUUUCAGGUUGAAGAGUAAUGCAGCCAAGGCUGAUGUGUUCCAUUUGCUCUCUGGGAUGUGGAAGACACCUGCCGAGAGGUGUUUCUUGUGGCUUGGUGGUUUCCGUUCAUCUGAGCUCCUCAAGCUUCUUGUGAACCAAUUGGAGCCUUUGACUGAGCAGCAGUUGGUGGGCCUUGGUAAUUUACAGCAAUCUUCCCAACAGGCCGAAGAUGCUUUAUCUCAAGGAAUGGAGGCAUUGCAGCAGUCACUGGCUGAGACACUGUCUAGUGGAUCUCUAGGUUCUUCAGGUUCAUCUGGAAAUGUGGCAAAUUACAUGGGUCAGAUGGCUAUGGCCAUGGGAAAGCUAGGGACCCUUGAGGGGUUCAUUCGCCAGGCUGACAAUUUGCGGCAGCAGACUCUACAACAAAUGCACCGAAUAUUGACAACCCGGCAAUCUGCUCGUGCGCUUCUUGCAAUACAUGAUUACUUCUCCAGAUUACGCGCUCUUAGUUCCCUUUGGCUUGCACGACCAAGAGAGUGAACUUUGCACUGGAGUUGUGCAUUUGCAGAAAAAGUUGAGCCAUACUCCAGAUCCAGCAAUGGUACAUGAUUUCUAGUGUCUAAAGAAUGUAUGUGUUUUUUGCUACAUUUCUCCUGUUGUAGUUUCAGAUGUGUAUCAUGGAACUAGUCUGUAUCAGCCGCACUAGUCAUCUUACAGUCACAGAAUUUGACUACUUUAGAAACAUAUAUGUCAAUGUUAAUUACUUAUAUUCUUAUUGCCUUCAUCUUUUCAUUCUGUCCGCAAUGUAAUAGGUUUUGAAAAUUGGCUGUCCUUGUAACCUGACAUUUUGAAAUGAAUAUGAAAGUUUGAGACAUGAAUCAAAUAAGAGAUGAUCAUUGAUUCA